UGUGCUUGGGCUCUGGGACCAGACCCGAGCUUUCCGGUUUAAACCCACAAAAAACUUGGCGAUUUUGGAACUGAGCUGAACAAGCGUCUAUGGCAAAUAGUCGGUGCCUCCACGCCCUGAGCCGCCGCACAUGGGCGCUCCUAUCCGCGAGCACCACUCUCCCUUCCCUCCGAAUCCUACUUCCUCUCCGCACCCAACCGAUCAAUCCCAUUGAAUCCCAACUCGGCGGCGGUUUAACCGCGUGGUGCACCCACUGGUCCCACCCUCGGCAUUUCUCGUCCAACAGGGAAAACGACGACGUUUCGGAAUACGACGAUGACAACGACUACGACGAGGAAGUGGGCGAGAGUGGCGAGGACGAGAGCGUUGGGAAUUCCUCGGCGUCGGGUUUGAAGAGAGAGUACUCGGCGGAGGAGAGAGAGGCGGAGGCCACGGCGAUCGGUUACAAGGUGGUGGGCCCACUCGAGCGCUCCGACCGGGUUUUCAAACCCUACGAGGCGGUUUUCUCUGUCGUUCAGAUUGGGGCACACCAGUUCAAGGUGAGCAAUGGGGAUUGCAUUUUCACCGAGAGAUUGAAGUUCUGCGAGGUGAAUGACAAGUUAAUUUUGAACAAGGUUCUCUUUCUCGGAUCCAGUACUCAGACCAUUGUUGGUAGGCCCAUUGUACCAGAUGCAGCUGUUCAUGCAGUUGUUGAAGAGCAUGCAUUAGAUGCAAAGGUCAUUAUUUUUAAGAAAAAGAGGAGGAAGAAUUAUCGCCGCACCAAAGGACAUCGCCAGGAGCUGACUAAAUUAAGGAUAACUGAUAUUCAAGGAAUUGAGAAACCUGAACAGAUAGUCACCGGGAAGCCUACAGAGGCUGCUCAGAAGAAGCCAGAAAAGGUUCCAGUCACUGCUUAAGGGGAUAUUCCAUGGCUAUUCAUUGACAACAAUGCUCCAUGCUUAUAACUUCUGAGUGGACUUUCUGAUGCUAUAUGAUGAGCAUGAUUCCAUUCCUGUGCAACUUGGAUGUCAUGUCAAGCAGAUAAUCAUACUACCAAUCCAAUUUUGUACGUGUUGUAGGGGACUGGUUGCAUGGUUUUUGUUUUCUUUGUAUUUUUGUAUUUAGUAGUUCGAUUCAUGAAACCUUCUGUAGAAUCAACCAGUUUUGUUCCAAAAUAGAGAUGCUUCUGACUUUUGAGGCUAUAAAGAAUUACAUAUUUUCUC